AUGGCCCCCAAAAGAAGACCAGUGCCCCUAAACAUCACUCCCACUGGUGGUGAGGGAGGAUUGUCCACCUCUACGACCAUCACUGCUGCCUCAGGGUAAGUGUAAUUGUUCAGCAGACACACUUCAAGUCAACCUCUACUUUCAAAGUCUUAACCAUGAUCUAAUUCAUCCCCCAAUCCUCCAUCCCUUCCUCUCAGGGCUAACCUGGAGGCCCUACAGAAGAAGCUGGAAGAGUUGGAUCUGGAUGAGCAGCAGAAGAUGCGCUUGGAGGCUUUCCUUACCCAGAAAGCCAAAGUGGGCGAGCUGAAAGACGACGACUUCCACCGCAUCUGUGAGCUGGGCGCUGGCAACGGAGGCGUGGUGAACAAGGUGUGCCACAAACCCUCAGGCCUGGUCAUGGCCAGAAAGGUAAGUGGUGUGAAUUCUGUUGCCAGUAUGAAGUAGACACCCCCGGAGUAUGAAGGACACCCCCCGAAGCAUUUUCUUAGGGUGUUUUCACAUAUAGUACUCUUUCAAAUAACUGAUCUCAGUCCUCUUUAAAGUGAGCAGUGAGGUAAAACAAAAAAAGCGAAAUAACUCUUCUCUUUUUAUUCACUCUGCAAUUGCCUUUGAAUGAGGACUCAACUCUUUUGCAAGUUCACUUCACCUAUUUUGUGGUCUAUUUUGUGGUCAGAGUCCUCUGCAUUCACAUUGCUAUGUUUAGAAAGGAACCAAGAUAUUUUUCCAAUAGACACUCAAUGCACUCUGGGUUUUUACAAAGUGCAGGACAAGCCAUUCCAUCAGAACAUGUUAUCUGACAGCUUAAAAAAAGUAAAAACAUUUUACUGGAAAAACUUUUCAUCUGCCAGUUUUUCCAGUAAAUGUUUUUUUGUUACAGUAGUAGUCCUUGUACAUAGAGUUCUAUGGUUUUGUUAAACUUUGAAAUCAAUGGUUUUUGUUUGGUAUACAUUAUCAUAUUGCUUACACCUGUCUGAUCCUUAUGGAUUUGGAAGCAUUUAGGAGAAGAGUAUAGGGGUUGAUUUCAGACUAGACACUUAUCUGUCAUGCUAGUGUAACCAGUGUGAAAUGGCUAGCUAGUUCACGGUGCGCGCUAGUAAUGUUUCAAACGUUGACGUCACUUGCUCUGAGACCUUGAAGUAGUUGUUUCCCUUGCUCUGCAAGGGCUGCAGGUAAUGUGGAGCGAUAGAUAAUGAUGCUUAUUGGGUGACUGUUGUCUGUGUCCCUGGUUCAAGCACAGGUUAAGGCAAGGAGAGGGACGGAAGCAACACUGUCAGUUACACUAACAAAGCAAUUAGACUGCCAUUUUGAUUCAAAACCAGCGUAGCCUACUCAUGGCUACUAGUGUUGAGACAAAGCUGUAUAGAUUUUUGGUGUAUGUAUUGUAUUCAUCCCUCCUCCCUCGUCUCCUUAGCUAAUCCAUCUGGAGAUCAAGCCAGCCAUCAGAAACCAGAUCAUCAGAGAGCUACAGGUGCUGCUUUAGUUGUGAUUUAACUUCAAAUUAAAAUAAAUGUAGUACUCCACAAUGGUAAAUGUUUUAUUCACUCUUAGGGAUAUUUAAAUAUCUCAACAUUAUCAAUCAUUUGGUAAAAUAAUUUUUUGAAUAAGGCUAUUCCCCUAUGUGUUUGUAAACCCCCCCCCCUCUCUGUUUCCCUCAGUUGCUACAUGAGUGUAACUCACCCUACAUCGUUAGUUUCUACGGGUCCUUCUACAGCGAUGGAGAGAUCAGCAUCUGCAUGGAACACAUGGUGAGGGAGGGGGAGAGAAUGGGGGGGAUGGAGUGGGGGUGAGAGAGAGUGCCUUUCAAGAGCAAGGGAAAUAUUUUGUAGGACUAGGGGGAGAUGGUGAAGUUGCAAAUGCGAUGCAGGUAGACUCAGACCUUGACCUACUGUGAACUGUUGAUGUAUGGUAGUGAGGUGGUUGUGAGUGAGUGGCUCUCCUCUCUCCCUACAGGAUGGGGGCUCCCUGGACCAGGUGCUGAAGGAGGCCAAGAGGAUCCCUGAGGAGAUCCUAGGGAAAGUCAGCAUCGCUGUGAGUAUCAAUAAAGCAGCUAGGAUGAAGAUAUAGCCUAAUGAUAUUUCCAGUAAGAAAGGUGGCUAGCUUUCCAAUGCCAUUUUAAGAGAAGACUUACCCAAAACAUUUUGUCCUCGUCUUCACAGGUUCUAAGAGGGUUAGCCUAUCUACGAGAAAAACACCAGAUCAUGCACAGAGGUACACGUUGAUUUAUGUUAUACAGUUUGAUUUACAAACUGGAUAGUUACAGUGUAGUUAGAUUUGUGUCCCUGCCUUUUGUCUUUUUUGUGUGUAGUUGCCCAGACGCACUAACAUCCCCUUCCUGUCCCCCAGACGUGAAGCCCUCUAACAUCCUGGUGAACUCUCGUGGGGAAAUCAAGCUGUGUGACUUUGGUGUGAGCGGCCAGCUCAUAGACUCCAUGGCCAACUCCUUCGUGGGAACACGCUCCUACAUGUCGGUGUGUACACCUCCUCUCUCAUAGUGUGUGUGUGAGAGUGUACGUGUGUGUGUGUGUGUGUAAGCCUCUGUGUAAUCCAUUUAUCUCUGUGUCUCUAACCAAUAGCCGGAGCGAUUGCAGGGCACCCACUACUCUGUUCAGUCAGACGUGUGGAGUAUGGGUCUGUCUCUGGUGGAGCUGUCUAUCGGCCGGUACCCCAUCCCCCCUCCGGAUGCCAAGGAGCUGGAGGCCAUCUUCGGACGGCCCGUCAUGGAUGGUGCCGAGGGAGACGUGCACAGCAGCAUCUCACCCCGACCCAGACCCCCCGGGGGCAGACCUGCCAGCGGUGAGAACACACACACACACAGUAUAUCCUCCAGAUGGAGCGAAUUAACAUAUUUGUACAAUUGAUCUCAGUAAUGUUUGACUGUCUUGCAGGCCACGGUCCUGCGAUGGCCAUCUUUGAGCUGCUGGACUACAUUGUCAACGAGGUGAGCACUGCUGAGGAUACCACCCCCUAAUUGGCCAUAGAAUAAUACAAAUUAUUGUCAUGGAACGUUUGGUGCAAAGCAAAAAUAUGACCAAACUCUAUAUCCAUGUCAUAGUGUAUAGAUGGGGUAGUUUUUUUAAUUCUGAUCAUCUUUUUGUUCCAGCCUCCCCCCAAACUGCCCCAUGGAGUAUUCACUUCUGAUUUCCAUGACUUCGUGACUAGAUGGUGAGUACCCUUCAGUCUGAAUGAUUUAUGAAUACAAUGUCUUGAUUUAUUGAAUUUAUUUGGGUAAAAACAUAUACAUAUAUACAACAAGAUGUACAAUGAAUUCCCAGAGGAUAGCACUUAACCCUUUACACUCGUGGGAAUUGGCCUAUAUGGAUGGGGCUAAAUUGAAAUGUUUCCUACAGAAGAAAUAUGAAAUGCAUAAGCAUGGUAGCAAUUGAAAGGGAACAGUUUGGAGAUUAUGGGACAAUUAUUAGACCAAAGUUGAGGACACAACAAUUCACCUGACACAAGACUGAAUCCAAACAAUACACUUCAUUUUAUGUGCAUUAUACAUUUUAUUGUACUUUUCGGCGCAUUUGCUGAUAACUAAAUCUGAAAAUACUCUGAAUAAAUUCAGUAAUAUGAUAAGAAUAUUCCUGGAAAAUGUGGGGUAGGUGCAACAUAUUUUUUGUUGUUGCAAGGGUUUGAAUUAGAGGACUAACUGCUGUCUCCAAGUGGCCACACACCUCUCCAAAGUGUGCACAGCUAAGUUAUAAAAUACGAUCUUACAGUGUUAGGCUUUCACAGGGCAAUUCAGAGAAACCGAUCGUCAUUUUGGUGCGCAUAAAAUGGAGUCAUGCGUGUAUUCAGGUGCGUGUUCCGCAGCAAAGGGCGGCAGGUAGCUUAGUGGUUAAGAGCGUUGUGCCAGUAACCGAAAGGUCGCUGGUUCUAAUCCCCGAGCCGACUAGGUGAAAAAUCUGUCGAUGUGCCCUUGAGCAAGGCACUUAACCCUAAUUGCUCCUGUAAGUCGCUCUGGAUAAGAGCGUCUGCUAAAUGACAAAAAAAUAAAAAGUUAUUCACAAUAGACUAACAUAGGCUCAUUCUGUUCAGAACCACUCUGGGUAUGACACCAUGUCUUCUUAUAACUGUACAUCAAAGAUGGUGAUUGUAAACGUUGACGUUGUAUAUGACAUGAGUUUGAUAAUACGGAAGUAAAUGUGAAGUGUAUAUUUGGACUCACGGGUGUUUGGCCUGCUUGUAUGACAUCAAAGCCAUUAUUAUAAUCCUCAACGUCUCAUCUUUCAAAAUACAUAGAGUCCUCUUAAUUUACAGCCUUUCCUUCACUCAGACAACAAAACAGUUUCAAAAGUUGCCCAAUUAGCGGCAGGGAUGGGGGCAACUUCUUGUCGGGUGCUCAAGUUCAGAAAGGCUGUCAGCCAAACCCAUACAGCGCUGUCAAGCGCAGAGCCUGAGCUCUGACGUCAUUUGUAGCAUGUUCCUGUACAGCCACUGUCCCAAUUUAGGCACACGUCGGGGCCAUAAUCUGCAAUAUCCAACCCGUAUACGGGUAUGAGUAUAAAGGGAUACAAGUAUGAAGUAAAACACCCGUUUCCAAAGUGGUCCUCAACAUUAGAAGUCAUUAGAUCUCACUGCUUUGUUAGAGAUCUAUGAAUUUACUGCGACUUUCUUGUGCAUCCUCAGUCUCAUCAAGAACCCAACAGACCGGGCUGACCUGAAAAUGCUGAUGGUGAGUUUUGUGCUUUCUUAUUAACUGCCUCACUUAUAACAACCAGAGAAAUAGACAGGAUAUAUAUUUCACAGUACAUGCUGAAGCCACAGAUGUAGUUUUGUACUGAGCCAUGUAUCUCUGUUGUGUUUGUUUCAGAACCACACGUUUAUCAAGCGCUCGGAGGUAGAGGAGAUGGACUUUGCUGGCUGGCUCUGUAAAACAAUGGGGCUGAACCAACCCAGCACUCCCACACGCACUGCAGACUAA